AGACGAGGGCCUUUGCGCUACAUGGAGAGCUACGUACACGGUACCUGCUGGAAGAGUACAGCAACAAGCUUCCGUGUGCCUUGUAUUCUCAGUUACGUAGUCUACCCUUCUGAUAAGUGGUCAACCGUUGAACAACGGGCACUGCAGUGCACUGCUCCAUGGGAGACGCGUAUCGGGAAACCGCCCGCGCGUCACAUCCGACAUAAGUAUGGAGGUUCGCAUUCAGCUGCCGAGACAUUACAACGCAACUUUCUUCGCCAUCCACGACGCCGACCCUAGACCGGCCGCUGCAUAGCAAGUCAUGGCCGAGGUCAACCAGCACCCCGAUGUCGUCGCACCGCCAGACUACACCAUAGUCGAAGUUAACAUACCAGAUGGGCCAUACGCAACCCUAUCAUUCGACCGCAUCGAGACGGAUCCAAUGAACGGGGCCCGCUCAUGCCCGAUCCACUCAGCCCACUCAGCAGACCCGUUCAACGACGCCUGCUCAUGCCCGCGUCGCGGAACAUACCACGUCCAGGACCCAUUCCGGGAGUCCGACUCGGACAGUGGAGAGGAAACACCCGCGACGGAGUCCUGUCAGCGCGAGCCCGUCGCAGCUAGACUCUUGGACCUCCAUGCUCGCAUUAUCCACGGCGCCUUCUCCGGACUUCUAUACCUGAUACUGUGCGUUGCGUAUACGUCGAUGACUACCUUCAUCGGCUGGAGGACCAUGACCGUCAUGGUCGAGCCAAACGAGUCCUCCGCGUGCGUCUUGGAGAUCUUCUCCGCGGCGACAGCCGGCACCAUCAUCCUCGCGGUCAUGUCACUCUACGUCUGGAUGAUCGCAAGGCUACUCUUGAAGGAGAUUCAGAAACUGCUGGAUCAUGGAAUCGAUCCUUUUGCAAGAAAGGCGCCGAGGUGGUGGGGGGAGCCGCGGACCGGGACACUCCUUCCUGCGCCGCCUCAGCGGAUACAGCGUCAUGAUUGGGCGCAAUACCCCGCGCGUCCAGACUACAUGGCGUUGGUAUUGUUGCUGAGCGGCUUGUGUGGUCCCGCAUUGGGCCUGUCGCUGCCGUUCGAGGGACGGAACGCGCCAGAGGGGAUGCCGACUACGAAGGACGCGCUGGCGUGGGGCGCAUUCGGAACGGCGAUCAGUCUCGCGCUGUUCGUUAUGGUAGCCAUUAUGGUGACGGCUCUGAGCGUCCUUAGGCAGAAGAUACGGUACCGGGUGUAGGGAGAUGUUCCUAGGAGGUAGUGGGAGUGUUUCGGAAUACAUGUUGUCAACAUUCGCGUACUCAAGGCAUCAGUGUUGGUGAAGCCCUCUGCGCGACUGGCCUCCAGGUCGUCGAACACGCCAGUGUUCGCCAUAUCCACUGUAAACCCGCAUAGCCUCUAAGCCACGAGUCGGAAGCCUCCCAGUAUCAGUGCC